GGGGGAGGCAAGGCAAUAGAUUAGUAAUUUGUGUCAUCAUUUAUUCGGUUACUUUGACUAAACAAACAUAUGGGGUUGGCCAAGUUUUGCAUAAGAAAUUCUUCAUGUACUAAUCUGUAGUCACCCUAGAGUAAUCCUAAAUUAUAUGUAUGCCAGUAUUAUCGUUCGUUAGAUCUGCGCCAUGCUCAACUAAACUGCAGGUAGCGCGAUUGGUUUGUUUCCACGGCCAUAGUCAUCGAUAUGGAGCAGCCACGAGUUUUAAGAUGGUUUGACGUGCAAUCCGUGCCUGGUGAUUACAGUUUUCCGCUGGAGGAUCGACCAGGACGGCUUCCCAUUCCUUUAUGUGACACAGUCCCUGUAAUUGACCUCCACAAGUCAACUACGAGUCCAGAAAAAUGGAGCAUGGUCCGACAGAUUGUAGAAGCCAGUCAAGAAUAUGGAUUUUUCCAGGUGAUCAACCAUGGAGUAUCUGAAGAUGUCGUGAGGGAAACGAGUACCGUGUUUAAGGAAUUUUUCAACAUGUAUGCGGAGGACAAGAAGGGUACUAGUGCAUCUGAUGGAGAUUUAAGCCGGGGCUGGAUCUACAUGAACAGCUCCUCCGUAUUUGCAAAAGAUGGUAUUCAUUUGUGGAGGGAUAAUGUUAAACUUGCUUGUCACCCCUUGGAGGAAUGCAUGCAAGGUUGGCCUCCAAAACCAACCCGGUAUAGAGAGGUGGUUGCAACAUACGUAGAGGAAAUGAGGAGAUUGAGUGGAAGAAUUCUAGAGCUGAUAUGUGAAGGAUUGGGGCUGGAAGCUGGGUACUUGGAACGGUUGAGCCAAGUUCAAUUGGUGGUAGGCAACUAUUAUCCACCGUGCCCGGACCCGAGUUUGACCUUGGGACUAUUAAAGCACUGCGAUCCCAGCCUGAUAACCAUACUCCUUCAAGAAGGAAAUGCAUGUGGACUUCAAGUUUUGCAUAAUGGAAAGUGGAUAGGGGUCGCCCCUCUUCCUAAUGCCCUUGUUGUCAACAUUGGUAACCAGCUGGAGAUUAUCAGUAAUGGGAAGCUAAAGAGCGCAGAACAUCGAGCGGUGACAAAUUCGUAUGAAGCCAGAAUAAGCAUUGCCACCUUCAUCAACCCUUCCCACAACUCCAUUGUAGAACCUGCAAAAGUUUUGGUUGAUGAGUUAAAUCCUCCUCGCUAUGCUCCCACUUUGUACAAAGACUUCGCUCACACGUCCAAAGUUGCGUCCACUGAAGCAACAAAACCGCCUGCGCCGCCUGAUUCUUAAUGGGAAUUGCUGCUCUUUCACUUGCCAAAAGGACGAACCAAGUAACACGCAUACUUUUCUUUAUAGAAAACAUCUGGAAAAAAAGAAAUGUUUU